UCAAGAAACCCAGCUGAACCCACACGCAGCGCCGCAGCGGUCGAACACCACCGACGACGACGACGACGACAUGGGCAACAGCCUGAGGUGCUGCCUGGCCUGCAUGAUCCCCUGCGGCGCCCUCGACGUCGUCCGCAUCGUGCACCUCAGCGGGCACGUAGACGAGUUCAGCGGCCCGGUCGCCGCGGCCUCCGUCCUCGCCGCGCACCCCAACCACACCCUCACCACCGCGUGGUCCCCAUCCGGCGCGCCAGGGUGCGCCUCCAGGAAGCUCGUCAUCGUGUCGCCCGACUCCGAGCUCAAGCGCGGCCGCAUCUACUUCCUCAUCCCCUCGGCCACCCUGCCGGCCGACAGGAGGACGAAGAAGGGCGGCUCCAAGAAGAGCAACAAGCGCCCGAGCCGCCACCACGCCAAGAGCGCCAAAGACACGGCGGAGCAGGACAACUACCUGAGGGAGCUGCUCUCCGAGAAGACCGCGUCGGGCGGCGGCCACCGGAGACGGCGCAGCGGCGCCCGGAUUGGCGUGUGGCGGCCGCAGCUCGAGAGCAUUGUGGAGGAGGCCUCGGAUUAGGGAGCUCGAAGAGCUCUCAUCUUUGGUUUCGCCGAUUCUUUUGGUUUUCUUUCUGAUCUGCCGAUGUGAAUACCACGAGAACGUGUUUCGCCUCUAGAUCCCCUGACGACACUGUAUUGCGAUGUCCAGGGUUGAGCGGUCUUUAGCUCGGGAGAUGAGGGGAAAGUUGAGACAAAAAAAUUUGUAAGAGCCCCAACCUGU